AUGACUAUAAUAGUCAUGUUACUUCUCAUCCCAAUUCUUAACAUCGAAGAUAAUAUGGAAUUUCAUCUACUUUUAGGCUUUUACAUUAUGUCUAACAUUGCAAAGCUCGAGUUUGCAGCACUUGAAGUUAGUGGGAAAAACUAUGUGCCAUGGAUGAUAGAUGUAAAAAUGCAUCUUGAGUCCAUGGGAAUCACAAAUGCUAUAUACGAAUUUAAUAAUUGCUUGGCACAAGAAAAAGCAAAAGCACAAGUUUUCCUUCGUAAGCAUAUUGAUGAAAUGUUGAGAUUUGAAUAUCUUGAUGUUACUGAUCCAAGUAUUCUCUGGAAUCUUUUGAAAGAAAGAUUUGAUCGUCAAAAGGAAGUUAUACUUCCAAAUGCUAGAGAUGAAUGGAGAACACUGAGGUUUCAAGACUUCAAGAAAGUGAAUGAAUACAACUCAGCUUUGUUCAGAAUAUGUUCACAACUCAAGUAUUGUGGACAAGAAGUUACUGAUGAAGAUAUGCUAUAG